AUAAAAUUAUAUUAAAAAGAAAGAAAAAGAAAAUGAACAGUGACGUGUCACGUUGUCGGAGACUGGGCACACGCCAUGUAUUUUCAUUUUCUUUUCUUUUUUAUUUAUUUAUUUAUUUUGAAGGAAUUGGCAGUGAGUGGGAAAAAGAAAACAAAAGAAAGAAAGCCCUAGAAAAGAAAAGAAAAGAAAAUAACGAAAGAGAAAAUUUCUCAAAUGAAAUGGGAAAUGGAGAUUGACGAAAUCGAAGCUGUCCUGGAGAAGAUCUGGGACUUACACGAUAAGCUUAGCGACGCCAUUCACUCCAUCUCUCGAACUCACUUCCUCAACUCCAUUCAAACUCACAGAAACUCCGACACGAAGAAACCCUCUGCUGCCUCCCCCAACGACGCCCUUCCCGGUCACCGAGGUUUUGUUUUCGUCAAGGACUUUCGUUUCCACCACGAUGACGAUUCCGCUAUUCGGGAAGCCAAGAGUCUCAAUGCCAUUCGAACCGCACUCGAGAACCUCGAGGAACAGCUCGAAAUUCUCCAUACUGUACAGGCACAGCAACGAGUUGAGAGAGAUGCUGCCCUUGCACAGUUAGAGCAAAGCCGUAUUGUUCUUGCAAUGAGACUGGCUGAACACCAUGGAAAGAAGUACAAAGUUAUUGAAGAAGCUCUUGCUUUCGUGGGAGAUGUCCAAGAAGCUAAUCAAUUUGUCUCUCCCGAAAAACAUUAUGGUUCUCCAUUCAGUCCAUCCGGUGAGAAGUUGGAAAGCCAUGAAAGAAAGAGGUCUAACCUCUUGUAUAACUUCUUCAUUUCAAGUUUUAAUUUAGUGAAGAAAACCCUUAAAUUGGAGUGUUUCGGUGGUAUUUUGGGAAACACAGCGCUGGUUGCAAUUAGCAUGAUUGCAUUGCUGCAAAUGCAACAAGUAGCACACAGGGAAGACAAUCAGAAGCAUGAAGAUAUUGUCCACCGAAGGGUGAGAAAAGCAUCCCGACUCCAAGCUUCCCCGUCACACGAUAGUUUGAGCAACUUGGAUGUUCUAUUGGCUAGGGGUUAAAGUGAUUGUAGUACCUGCUUUAGUCAAAUAUAUCAUGACAAUAGCAAGACCCCAUAAAGAAGAAGAAAAAGUUUUGUACGUUGCAUUUAUAUUUUUUAACACGAGAGUUAAAAAGAGCAAUUGAUGCAUCAUUCGAGAAUGCUUAUCAAGCCUUAUAUUUUUCUUUUAUUAGUGUUUCUUUAGGUUUUCCUUAUACAGGAAAAAGAGUCUUGUUGCUUGUUUUCUUGAAGUAUACAGAUUAUUAACCUCUUUUCCUAUUGUCACUCGAAGCUUAAUCUGUAUAUAACAAGGGCUGAUUGAUCCUAUCUGUUUGUGAAUUGAUCUACAUUCCUUAUCAA